UGUCACCGCCAUCACCGCCAGGAUGCACCACUGGCAGGAGGAGGACGGCGUCAAACUGGAUCGCCUCCCGUCGCCGUAUUACCGGGAACAAAUCUCACUCUGUACCAUGGCGUCCACCAGCGCGACCCUCGUCUCCUUCGCCACGACGCUGGUGCUGCUGCUGUCCAGCGUUCCAGUGUCGCCGGCGCAGGCCGCGGACAACACCAUGAUCACCGGGUGCCUGCGGUCCGAGUACCAGCGCUGCGUGCACAUGGCCGACCCCCUGCUCAAGGACCCGCGCUACAUCUUCCCGGACAACAUGGCGGACAUCGACUUCGUGUGCGGGACGUGGAGCCAGUUCGUGACGUGCGUCAAGAGGUACAUCGACCGCUGCUUCACCGAGUCGAGGCGCCAGGAGUUCAACAAGGCCGUGGAGAACCCCGUGGACUCGGUCUACCAGAUGUGCACCGUGCCGCAGUACCAGGGCGAGUACCUGCAGUACGCCACGUGCAUCAAGAACACCCUGACGGAGGACAGCCACUGCGGCCGCCACUACCGCCAGCUCGUGGAGCAGGUGUCUGGCGACGUGGAGCGCGUCAACCUCUGCUGUUCGCACCACCGGUUCCGCGAGUGCGUCCUGGACCAGACGGCGCGGCAGUGUGACAAGCCGCGGCCGGGGGCGCCCACCUCGGGCUCCGCGUCCAGGUUCGCGCGCCAGAUCCUCGACAAGGCCCUCAGCUUCCUCCGGGACCAGUGCUCCAACUUCAUCCCCAACUCGGGCGAGUGCCCCGGCCUGGGCAUCGGCGGCAGCGACCCCUACAUCGCGGGCCGCGCGCCGGCCAACUCCCCGGAGUCCAACGCCGUCAACCCUCGCCCCGCCCCCGUGCCGCUGUCCCCCUGGGAGCCGCGCCCCAAAGGCUGA